CUUGAGACCAUCGGCGUCAAUACUUACACCAGCACAGCACAACAUGAUUGUCCGGCAUCUGUAUGCGCGGCAGAGCCGCUCGUUUCUUGCCCUCGGCCGCCAGGGUCGCUUUUUCAACAGACUCUACUCAACCGAAACGCCGGUAGUCGAACCUGAGGUGCAAUCUCGUGUUGAAGAUCACUCGGCUCAGUUGGAGAGCUCUUUGCCAUCGAUCUCGGAUGAAGCUCGGAAUGCCGCCCAAGAGGCUUUCGUGAGACGCAAGGAACAAGAAACCAAGUUCCGCGAACUUGGUAGCAAGGUUUCCAAUGCCUACCAGCCCGAGGAUCUCAUUCGAUUCCCCCCCAAGCCUUCGGACAUCACCCUCGAACUGCUCCUCGCCUCCCAGACACACCUCGGACACUCGACGUCUCGCUGGAACCCUCAGAACUCCCGCUACAUCUUCGGUAUUCGUGACGGAAUCCACAUCAUCUCUUUGGAUGUGACCGCCGCCCACCUCCGACGUGCGGCCAGAGUGGUGGAGGAGGUCGCCGCCCGGGGUGGUCUGAUUCUUUUCGUCGGCACACGGCCGGGCCAAAAGCGAUACGUGAUCAAUGCCGCAGAGCUGUCCAAGGCAUACCACGUUUUCGAGCGCUGGACUCCGGGCAGUUUGACCAACGGACAGCAGAUCCUCGGUCACUGCGCCACCAAGGUUGUGAACGCCUUCGACGAGGAGCUGCCUGCCUACCAGGAGGCCUUGGAGGAGCAGUCUGCUCUCAAGCCGGACCUUGUGGUUUGUCUCAACCCCGUCGAAAACGACGUCCUUCUGCACGAGUGCGGUGUGAACAACAUUCCCACCAUCGGCGUUAUCGAUACGGAUGCCGACCCUACCCGUGUCACCUAUCCCAUCCCCUCCAACGACGAUAGUUUGCGUGCCGUCGGUCUCAUUGCCGGCGUCUUGGGAAGAGCAGGCCAGGCAGGUCAGGCCAGGAGGCUGGAGGCGGCAAAGAAGGGCACUUUCACGUACUCAGCGACGACAAUUAAAUUGAGUGAGGACGCCCAGCUAUCAGAAUCUCAGCCGGAGAACAAGCAAUGAAGAUGAAUGGUGACUGUGUUGGGUUUUCUAUCUCGGGGUUUUAUGCCUAUGUCCAAGUUUGAAAAUAUGCCAUGGAACUGUACUGUAUAGAACAUUGUAUAUCCUCUUUUCUGUUUCGCUUUGGUGUUGCUACGUGUAUUAACAAAUUUUAUUCGAAUUGGGAUUUAUCUUCUGC